AUGACCGACUCCCUGCACAAUGCACCCAUCGUGCUCGACAAUGGGUCCGGGACCAUCAGAGCCGGCUUCGCGGGAGACGACCUGCCCAAGUGCUACUUUCCCUCCUUCGUCGGACGGCCGAAGCAUCUCCGGGUCCUCGCCGGCGCGCUGGAGGGCGAGGUCUUCAUCGGCCAGAAGGCGGCGUCCGAGCUGAGGGGCCUGCUGAAGAUCAGAUACCCCCUGGAGCACGGCAUCGUGACGGACUGGGACGACAUGGAGAAGAUAUGGGAAUACGUCUACAGCGAGGGACUCAAGACCAUGAGCGAGGAGCACCCCGUUCUCCUCACAGAGCCGCCACUUAACCCCCGCGCAAACCGAGACACAGCCGCCCAGAUCCUCUUCGAGACCUUCAAUGUACCAGCCCUCUACACCUCUAUACAAGCCGUCCUGUCGCUAUACGCGUCAGGCCGGACCACAGGCUGUGUGCUCGACUCUGGUGAUGGUGUCUCCCAUGCUGUCCCCGUCUACGAAGGUUUCGCCAUACCGUCCUCCAUGCGCCGCAUCGACGUGGCCGGCCGUGACGUGACCGAGUACCUGCAGACCCUGUUGCGCAAGAGCGGCUACGUAUUCCACACAUCUGCCGAGAAGGAGGUCGUGCGCCACAUCAAGGAGACGGUCUCCUACGUGGCUCUGAACCCCAAGCAGGAAGAGAAGGACUGGGCAUCGACGAAACUAGACCAAGGCAAGAUGGCCGAGUACAAGCUGCCCGACGGGAACAUGCUCAAGAUCGGCCAAGAACGCUUCCGUGCUCCCGAGAUUUUGUUCGACCCCGAGAUCAUCGGAUUGGAGUACCCAGGUAUACAGCAGAUUGUCACAGAUUCCAUCAACCGGACAGAUUUGGACCUGCGGAAAGCCCUGUUCAGCAACAUCGUGCUCAGUGGAGGCAGCACUCUGACAAAGGGCUUUGGAGAUAGGCUGCUGAGCGAGGUCAAGAGACUGGCCGUCAAGGACAUGAGAAUCAAGAUCUUUGCGCCGCCUGAGCGCAAGUACUCGACGUGGAUUGGUGGCAGUAUCUUGGCCGGUUUGAGCACGUUUAGAAAGAUGUGGGUUAGCAUCGAUGAUUGGCACGAGAACCCAGAUAUCAUCCACACAAAGCUGACAUAA